CGCCGCCGGCGGAGCUGCUCGCCCCUAUAAACAGGCUUCUCCCAGUCGUGCAGUUUUCCACCCGCUCUUUGUCCGCGGCCGGCUGAAUGACGACGCGCUUCCCUUUAAGAUGAUGUCGGACACACACACGCCUUAUUUAAUUAUUUUGUGUAAUGUCGGCAGGCGGAUACUAGGACCAAACCAUAGCGUUAAAUACCAGCGAGGGUUGGAGAGGAGUCUGUAGCAUCCCCGGAGUGGCGGCGGAGGGUUAACGUUAGCUGUGCUCAGGACUAAGCAGUGUCCUUGCUUGUGUCAAAGGCAGCACUGGUGUUUAUCAGAGGCGACAACACUUCUCCGGGACAGACAUGUCUUCUCGUGUAACGGAUAAAGCAGAGGGGCAUCGAGGCGCAGAGCAGAGACGGUGAAUGCGGCGACAGAGCUCUGUUAGACUCUCCCCUCUCACCCCGCAAUGGUUUCGAUGUUUGGAUGAGGCAACGGGCAGUAGGCAAUUUGGCUCACAUUUAACAACAUUUUAAAAAGGGAGUGCUUUUACAUCUCUCCCCCUCACUUCCACCUUUAACCCCCCACCUAAUGAUGACAUCCCCAGACUCUCCACCGCUGGUCUCCCCUUCCCCGUGCCCUGCUCCACCUCCAUCCCUCCCCUCCUCCCCGGUGCCCUCUUCCCCGGCCCCUUCCUCCUCCUCCCUCCCUGCCCCGCCCUCACUGCCUCCCACGGGGGAGGUGAUGGUUCUGGCUCUGGGCAGGAAGAAGCAGAGGGUGCUGAUCGCUCUCUCCAUCCUGCCAAACCUCUUCCUAGCCUUCCUGCUCUCUUCCGACCCCCUCAUCACCCUCUCCCCGCCCCAUCACUGCCACCUGCCGGGGCCCUUACCGUCGCCUGAGCUGCUCAACGCCUCCCUGCCCUGGAAGAAAGGGGAGAGGCCCGGGGACAGCGGGCGCCUGUCCCAGUGUAAGCAGUACGUCAACGGAAGCCAGUCAGCUGUGGUGGACUGCGUGGCCGGCUGGGACUACAACGUCACGGAAGGGCUGAGGAACAACAUCGUUACCGAGUGGGAUCUGGUGUGUGCUCAGUACUGGCUGGUUCCAGUGGAGGAGGUGUGUUUCAUCCUGGGCGUCCUGACUGGCUGUCUCGGCCUGGGCUAUGCCGCUGACAGGCUGGGCAGAUCCAAGACCCUGUUGACCUCUCUGACCCUGUCGGUGGUGUUUGGGGUGCUGGUGUGUGUCUCUCCGUACCCCUCCAUCUUCAUUGUCAUGCGUUUCUGUUUGGCGGCAGCUAGCGCGGGAGUCUACCUCACUCUGUACAUCACUCGUCUGGAGCUGUGUGACCCGUCUCUGAGGCUGGUGGGGACCAUGCUCGCCGGGCUGAUGACCGUAGCCGGAGAGCUGCUGCUGCUGGCCGUCGGCCUAGGCUGCCAGUCCUGGAGGGGCCUGCUGGGAGCCGGAGCCGCCCCGCUAACACUCUUCCUCAGUUACGGCAUUCCUGGGGUAUUUCCAGAGUCUCCUCGCUGGCUCCUUCUGUCAGAGAGAUCUGCAGACAUGAACUCCUUCAGUGAGAGAAGAAACUCCAACAGAGAUUUGAGGGACGACGAGAGCUUCACAGAGCUGGACUCAGAGCCUGCCCUCUCCUCGCGCCCCCAACUGUCCUUCCCUGAGCUCUUCCACAGCAGGAACAUCUGGAAGAACAUGUGUGUGCUCGGCUUCACCUCAUUCAUCUCUCACGGCAUUAGUCACUGUUACAGCUCUUUCCGAGGUGACGUCAGAGGCACGGCCCCUAGCUUCUAUUGGACGUACCUGCUGUCUGUGUGCGCAGGGGGCGGUGCCUGGUUGUUGCUCUGGGCGACCGUAGACAGGUGCGGCCGCCGUGGCAUCCUGCUCCUCUCCAUGACGAUGACAGGGCUGGCCUCUUUGAUCCUCCUGGGACUCAUGGAGUAUCUCAGUGAGACGGCCAUCACAGUUUUCUCAGUGCUGGGUCUCUUGUCCUCUCAGGCCACCGCCUCCCUCUGCAUCCUCUUCACUGCAGAGGUCAUGCCCACCGUCAUCAGGGGCAGCGGUGUGGGCGCAGUUCUCGCCCUGGGCUGCGUGGGCCGCCUCAGCUCCCCGCUCAUGGACUUGAGGAACCACUACGGCUACUUCCUGCACCAUGUGGUCUACUCCUCUCUGGCCCUGCUGGCCGUGCUGUCCAUCCUGCUGCUGCCCGAGAGCAAGAGGAAGCCUCUGCCCCAGACGCUGGCUGACGGGGAGCAGUACAGGCGCCCCCCGCUGGGAAGGAGGAGGAGGGACAAUGUGCCGUUGCUCGCCACGCCCAACCCAGAGACCUAAAAGACCCCCGAACGAGUGGAAUGCAGAACAUUCACAUCUGUCCUGUUCAUGUGGAGGAGGAGAAAGAGCAAUAUAGAGACCUUAAGAUGGAGAGAAAAGGGCUGCAUAGAUGAUCAUGGACAGACGAUGAACGUGAUCAGACACUCUAAGCUUCCUAACAUAUCAUCCACUUGUCAUUCCAGGCGCAGGCGGUUGACUUGAGUUCCCACUUUACUUCAUCAUUCUCUUAUUUCCUGCCAUUGAGACGUGUAGAUCUGAUACACAGCGUUCACACACACACGUGGGGAAGUCUUCAUCUUUCAUACCAUCUCCUCCUGCCGUCUGGGGCAUGGUCCUCCACCAUGUGACACACCAGCAUACACUGCUGCACGCAGUCCUCCAGUGUGUCUGUCGUAGAGAUGUUAGCUGCUUACUACUGACACUCCAGACUAGACGUGGCUCAGAGAGUAGUUGCAAAUUAUUCGUAGCAUUUGUCUUAACCUUCAUAGAAUGUUGUUUUUAUUUUAGUUUUUGUCGUGUUUGCCAUGUACGACGACACUAAGUGCUCAGAGGUGUGCAAAAUCAAAAUCAGUUUUGUAUACUUUCCUGUGACACUUUUCGUAAGACUCGAUGGAGUUAAGUGGGUGUUAAAUGCCUUGUAAAUACUCUAGACUUCUUUAACUUCUUGGGGCAUCUGAGUUUUGUUAAAGCAGACUGUACAGAACAGUAAGCUAUGCAGUGGAGAUGCGGAGCAGAGCACUUGGAAACGUUCUUUUUAAUGGUGGUUAAUCAGUCUUUAAAUUUAAGCUACAGUGUUAUGGACGUUUUAUCAACUAUUAUAAAUAUUGGGAUCAGAAGCUAAAAAUAAGACAAAAAGAGGCUUAAAUCCAGCUAGUGAAUAUGGCCUGUAGCCAGCAAUAUUUAUGUUUUAUUUAUGUUAUGGCUUAUGGUUAUUAAGCAUAAUCAGUAAAUUAUUCAGAGGCCUAGCAUUUUGAAGUAUUAAACUAAAUAUUGUUAAAUUGGGUUCAGAUGACACCGCAUGGAAAAAAAAGUUUCCAUUUUCUGCUGUCUCUGAUCAAACAACAGUGAAGCUGUUAACUGUCACAACAUUCCUGCAUGUUUGGAAGCACUGAAGGGCUUGUUUUUUUUUUGUUUUUUGUAUUUCCUCAGCAGCUUAUAGUUACUCAAUACCUCUCUAGAUGACCAGUCUGAGCUGUAUGAGAAUAGACGGGUACAAAAAAAUUACAUUAGAACUUGUGUAACCAGGCACAUAUAUAUUUUGUCAGGACUUAAAUGUGGAAGUUUUGAAAGAGGUCAUGUGUCAUUUUGCCUGAAUGUAUAUUGAAGGGCCCGAUGACUAUGCUCCAUGAGGUUUGAAUGGCAGCGGAAGAGGGCCCCAGAGCUCGAAAUGAACCCCCGACUCCUCAUCCACCCACAAAGGAUGUUUUUCUCCAUAGCUUCCUGAAUUUGAAUGUGCUGGCUGAUGCCAUGUUGAAGAGUUUAAGACUUAAAUAAUGAUAGGGAAUUGCCACAGCAUGUCGGUAACAGUGCAUCAAGAAACACCAAGUGUAUGUUAGUGUGCUCGAGUAGUUGUUCUUCUCGAGUGUUCAUGGGUGUGUGAUAUUAAGAGGAAGUGGGCGUUAUUUAAUUUGGACUCUGAUGUCAAGGAGUCUUUAAAGUAAUUAUGAAUGACACUAACCUUUGCUGAUGGCUUCUUCCUCCGUCAGCCUUUGGUAGGUUUUUUUGCCCCCCUCUGUAUGUUGCACUUAUACACUGACAAUUAUUAUCACUAUGAUUAACUUGACUUGAGUAAUAUUAUGUCUGACAAUACUGAUGAUCUGUUCAGUGAUGAGUGAUGCAGUUAACUCUAUAGCCUGAUUUAAUGUAAAAUAAAACUGGUUCGAUAAACAA